AAGAAAAUAUGUAUGAAUAUAGCUACAGAACUAUUCAUCGAGUUUUUUUAUUCUGGCUAGCUUCAGUUUCUGAUUGUCAAGUAAAUCUUGUGUCAACAUUUCGUAAUAAUCGUAAUUUAACCUUAUUUAGUUUAUCUAAAAAUUGAACUAGUAGUGUUAAGUUAAUCUAAAAAAUUACGCAAAUAAAAAUUAUGUCGCGGAGUAGAAAUGAAGUACAAAUGUUAAUAGAUCUAUAUCAAAAUCAUUCAUGUUUAUAUGCCGUAAAAUCAGUUUCUUAUAAAAAUAGACACGCGAGAUUCAAGGCUUUGACUGAAAUUGAAACGGAAUUGAGAAAAAUAAAACCAGAAGCAACACUGGCGGAAAUUAAAUGCAAAUUUAAUAAUUUGCGAACUAAUUUUCUGUCUGAGUAUAGAAAAUAUAAGGCAUCUAAUAAAAGUGGCACAGGUGCAGAUGAGGUAAGACUUGUUAAAUAAUAGGUUUAUUAUGUAUCAUUACUUUCCUAAUCAUGCUGACCUUUUAACAGAUUUACGAGUAUAGACCUACAUUGUGGUAUUUUGAGAACAUGAUAUUUAUCGUUGAACACAGUGUACCACGAUCAUCAAAAGACAGUAUUGCAGAAAACUCCAAUCUUCUUGACUCUGGAGGUGAAUUUGGUGAAGAAAUGGAACCACAGUAUGGAGAAUAUGUUGAAGAAAACCCGAAUGGUGAAGAAAACAUUAUUAUUGAUAUUACAGAAUACCCAACAGAAACUGAUUCGAACAGUGAUAUUACUAAGACACCUAAUCGAAGUGAAAUAAAGGCAAAUGUUCUAAGAAAACAAAAAAAAAGAAAGAGAAUAAAUGAAGAUGAUAUUUUAACCACAGCCUCAGAAACAAUGCAACAUUUGGCAAAAGCUUUCAGUAGCAACAAGGAAGUAAAUGCAAACGGCCUGCAGGCUUUUGCUGAAUUUAUUACUACUAAACUUCAAAUUAUGGUUGACGAUCCCGAUUUAUUAGAUGAAACCGAAGAGGAUAUAGCUAAUCUUAUAUUUACAAAUUUAAAAAGAUAUAGAGAAAAAAAGAAGUCACAGUUCUUAAAAUAUAUAUACUUACCUGUAUAA